UUCGUUGCAAGUAUUUUUAGAAAUUAUCUGAGUAGAAGGAAAAAAAAAUUCCUUUCAAGUUUUGUCGGUCAAAAAUGGUUACAACAAUUUCUAUGCACGCAUAUUGAAAGUAAUAUCGAUAAAAAUCAGAGUGAUUGUAAAUCUGUGUAAAAAGCGUGUAAAGUGCCCGUUUGCCAUGUGCUCCACAUCGGUGCUGUGUCCGUUGUGCGCCGUGCCCAGUUUCAAUAGCAUCGAUGCACUGCAGCAGCGUCUAAUUAAGGCGGCCAACGGUCCCUUGGCCUGUCCAUUUCCACACUGCACAGAGCAGUUCCUGGGCCUGGAUAAGCUAACCAUACAUCUGUUUAGCCACACCAGUCUCAUGAACAGAGUGGAUGAAGUUCCAACAGUUGCCACACUUCCAGAAGUUGCAGUCAGUUCGCCACCCCCGCCUGUUGCAGCUCCUGCUACUCCGCCGACUGCUGCGGCGCCCAAGCGGCGUGGCAAAAAGUCGCGUGCGAAGACUGUGGAGCCGCCGCCUCAAGCACCACUGCCUGCCACACCGCCGGCCCGCUGUGACAUCUGUGAGUUUAGUUUCCGGAACGACGAGUUGCGCGACAUUCACAUCCGGCUGGUGCACGAGAAUGGAGUGGAGGGCACGGCGGCGCAGCCGCUGCAGCAGCAGGAGCCGUACAAAUGUCAUCUGUGCUCCAAGACGUUUCGCAUGAAGGGUUCGCUGCGUGUCCAUCUCAAGGUGCUGCACACAGUUGGCAGCAGUGGCACCAACAGCUCCAACAACAACAACAGCAGCAACGCAAACUCGAGCAGCAGCAAUGGCAACCUGAUGCUCAAUCCCACGCCCAAGAUAAGCAUUUGCGAUCGCAUUCGGCACAAGGAGGCAACGGCUUUGGCUAACGGCAACACCAUCACUUCAAGCAACAUCAACAGCAACAACAACUCAAACAACUCCAACAGCAGCAGCAGCAACAACAACAAUACCCAGCCAUAUGCGCUGAGUGGUGCCAUUUGUAUGCUGAAGCAGGACACGACAAGUGCAGCAGAGUCAGCGAACAGCUCGGAGUACGGAAGCACGCCCAAGAACUGGGAGUGUGAUGUGUGCACCAAGCUCUUCACCACCAAGUACUUCCUGAAGAAGCACAAGCGGCUCCACACCGGCGAGAUGCCCUACACAUGCCAAUACUGCGCUCGCACCUUCACCUUCCAGCAGUCCUACCACAAGCAUUUACUCUACCACAGCGAGGUGAAGCCGCACGCCUGCGGCAUCUGUGGACGGGCCUUCAAGGAGCUAUCGACGCUACACAAUCAUCAGCGCAUUCACAGCGGCGAGAAGCCCUUCAAGUGCGAGGUGUGCGGUAAAUGUUUUCGGCAGCGGGUUUCGUUUCUGGUGCACACCCGCAUCCACACCGGCGUUAUGCCCUACAAGUGUGAGCAGUGCCAGAAGACCUUCCGGUACAAGGUCUCGCUGCGCACACACAAAUGCGCUGCUGGCGCUGAGGAGGCGCAGACGCCGGAGCAGCUGAUCAAGGCACUGCUGGAAUCGAAUGUGGUCGGUGUGGUGGGCAAUGUGCAGACAGAGCAUUUGGCAGCGGGAAGUGCGGCGAGUGCUGGGGAUCAGGAGGCGUUGCUCUCGCAGACGAUCGAUGACAUUGUUGUCGAGAGCUGCCAGAAGCUGGGCAUUUGUGGCGUGGAGCCACCACAGCAGGUAAUCCUGGACAAUGGCAAUGUGCACUUCGAUGGCAGCAAUUCACCGCUGCAGCAGCUGCAGAAUUUGCGCCUCUACUCGCCGCCACAGCAGCCGGAGCAGCCCAGCUCGGAUGGGGAGCUCUUUCGCCACUUCCUCAUGGACGCCACGUAG